GGCAGUGGGUCUUCAUCUGUACUGGGGGAGGAACCUCUUGGCAGCGCACGACACCGAAUGGAGGAGACACCGUAAAAUCAUGCAACCAGCUUUCAAUCCCAAAACAUACGAGAUGGUCUGGGACGAAACACUACGGUUAUACAACCAAAUGUUGGCAUUCGAAAAGUUUCCCACGAAAAAGGGAGAAAAGUUGUCGUUCCCCGCGUUCCAGGAUAUUACGCAGCGGAUAGCUCUGUGCAUUAUCCUAUCGUGUGGAUUUGGAAUACCGUUUGAUUGGGAUGAGAGGGACAUGCCGUCUACGGAGGAAGGGUUUAGGCUCGAUAAUGGUGUUCGUGUGCAGAGCGACAACAUGAUGUGGGUCUGCUAUGCGCCGAACUGGCUCUAUAAGCUACCAAUCAAAAAGAUGAGGUAUAUCGGUGAAGGAACCAAAGGACUGCGCGCUUGGUUCCAAAGAGCGAUGCUCAACAAGAAGACAGAAAUUGAAGAGAAGGUUCGUUCAAACGGCGGAGAGAUGGAUCUAGACCAGUUCCGCAACGAUGUGUUCACCCGUCUAAACUUGGCCAACUAUAUCGACAGAAAGAUGGACUUUACCGAUUCCGAAAUCACGACUGCGGGUUCGUUGGCGGCCACCUUUUGUCUCCUCACUUCACACCCAGAAGAGCAAGAAGUCGUAUACAAAGAAGUGACAGAGCUCAUGGCCAAGAACGGAACGGAACAACUAUCGUUUGACGACUAUGACUCGUUGCCCAAGACCCGAGCCGUCUUUAUAGAGGCACUAAGGAUGUAUCCUCCCGCGAACAUUGCGAUCAGAGAGUGCGUGGAGGAUACCAUUCUAAAGGUGCCAUUCGUCGAGGACGAUGGAACGGUUCGAGAAGACAGCAUCCCAAUCCCAAAGGGUACCAUUAUGGUCAACGACUUUAUCGCAAUGCAGCCGCACCUCUUCAAACCGUCUAGGUGGUACAACUCUACUUCAGAUGACGCGUAUACGGUGUUCUCUGUAGGACCACGGACCUGUAUAGGACGAAAGUUUAGUUUGACAGAGGGUGUAUGUUGGAUCGCGCACUUAUUGAGGAACUUUACGGUCGAACCCUUGCUUUCGCAAGGUGAGAGUGUGGAGAGUUGGAAGGAGAGAGUGUUGGAGAACGGUACCUUUAAACUCUCGUUCGCGUUGAAGGACGCGCCGCUCGUCUUCAAGAGGCGUUGA